AUGCUGUGGAAACUCUCCGAACCAAUGAAGAAGGAAAUCUACAAAUAUGCCAAGUUUCCGCAGACACCAGUGUCCUUACGACAGAUGGUGCAGUUUGGGCCGCGACCAAAUCCGGGGUCGCUCUUCCGGGCGUCGCAGUUCAUCGUGGAGGAGCUCCCAAUCAGACUUGCCCACAAGGUGAAAGACAUUGAAAAUUCACCAUCCAACUUGCGCGACUUCCCGUCAGUGUUGAAGGUGCGCGACUGGUACGCACAGUCGUUUGAGGAGCUUGUAUCGUUACCGAAGCCUGUCAUUGACGACAGUUUGAGGAAACUCAUCUUCAACAAGGGUGAGACCGACAACUUGCACCACCCAGCGGUCAAUGAAGAGCCGCCGGUGGAAUCCAGCGAGUAUAUCGACGACGGGAUGAUUGUGGGCAGACACCACCAAUCGCAGCACGCACCGUACGCGGAUCUCCUGAAGAAGUACUAUAACGCGGUGCCGCCGGAGUCGUUGAACUGCCAAGCAUGGCCCCAGACGGUGCACGAUUACAACACCGCCGUCACGGACACUUUGAAGAGGAUCAAAAAGAGGCACGACGCUACAGUGGCCACAAUGGCGCAGGGGGUGCUGGAGUGGAAGCUCUCGCGCGACCCUAAGCUGCUUGUGCAUCUGAAGAUCCAGAAUUUCUUGGAUCGCUUCUACAUGUCGCGGAUCGGGAUCCGGAUGUUGAUCGGACAGCACGUCGCGUUGAACGACUUGUCGCGCCACUCGUACAACAACGAGGACUACUGCGGGAUAAUAUGCACCAACUUGAACAUCCGGGAUGUCAUUGAGGACGGGAUCGAUAACGCGCUGUAUAUCUGCGACGAGCACUAUGGUCUUUUUUCGAACCAGGUCAAAAUCGAGGUCCAUUGCCUGAAGGACAUCUCCUUUAUGUACGUUCCGGGCCAUUUGAUUCACAUGAUCUUUGAGACAUUGAAAAACUCAUUGAGAGCUACGAUUGAGUUUCACACCAAGGAGCAGAUGGCCAACGACCCCGCCAUCACCUCCAUCGAAGAUGUCAAGUUCCCGCCAAUCAAGGUUAUUGUCAGUGAGGGCUACGAAGACAUCACCAUCAAGAUCUCCGACGAAGGUGGCGGGAUCCCGCGGUCGGAAAUUCCGUUGGUAUGGCAGUACUUGUACACCACCGUAGACGAGACGCCGUCGUUGAGCCAGGAGGGACAGCUGAACUUCAAGGCUCCGAUGGCCGGCUUUGGCUACGGGUUACCGAUUUCCCGGUUGUAUUCACGCUACUUUGGCGGCGAUUUGAAGUUGAUCAGUAUGGAGGGAUAUGGGACGGAUGUGUAUCUCCAUUUGAACAGAUUGAACAGCUCGUCCGAGCCGUUGCAAUAG